GCGGCUUCCAGUGUCUCAGUGGCGUCUGAGCAGAGCGCACUGGAGCGAUUGUGCUUCUGCAACUUUGCACCCAAAACUUGCACCGGGAUGCUGCCGCGAGGGGAAUUUUGCCUGACACUUUUCUACCUUUUGAACGCACCUCUUCUGCAGGCCUUCAACCUGGACACCAACUAUGUGAUCAGGAAAGACGGCGAGCCUGGGAGUCUGUUCGGAUUCUCUCUCGCCAUGCACCGGCAGCUCAACCCAGACAAACGAAUGUUGUUGAUCGGUGCCCCCCGAGCUAGAGCUUUGGGGAAACAGAACGCCAACAUCACUGGAGGACUCUACAAAUGUGAUAUUAACUACUCUCACGAUUGUGAACGAAUUUUAUUUGACAGUGAAGAGGAUAUCCGAGUUGAGAACAAGGAGAACCAGUGGAUGGGGGUCACGGUACAGAGUCAAGGGCCUGGCGGGAAAAUUGUGACGUGCGCUCAUCGCUACCAGAAGCGUUUGUUUGUGAACACGGCCCAGGAGGCCCGUGACAUCACAGGCCGCUGCUACGUCCUGAGCCAAGACCUGACAAUCGACGAGUCGUCGGACGAGGACGGCGGCAGCUGGAAUUUCUGCGAGGGCAGGGCCAGGGGACACGAGAUGUUCGGGUCGUGUCAGCAGGGUCUGGCCGCCACUUUCACCAAAGACUACCAUUAUCUGGUUUUUGGAGCACCUGGAGCAUACAACUGGAAAGGCAUUGUACGUGUAGAGCAAAAAAACAACACCCUUUUAGAGAUGGGCGUGUACGACGACGGCCCUUAUGAAGUGGGCGACGAGCACGCCUUGAACCCAGAGCUCGUCCCCGUUCCAGCCAAUAGCUACCUCGGAUUCUCUCUGGACUCUGGUCACAGCAUCACCAGGGGGCGUGGCCUAACUGUGGUGGCUGGGGCGCCCAGAGCCAAUCACAGUGGUGCCGUGCUGCUGCUGAGGAAAGAGAACCACGGCUCCGCCCGACUUACUGUGGACCACACACUGUACGGGCCCGGGCUGGCGUCCUCUUUUGGUUACGACGUGGCCGUAGCGGACUUGAACGGAGACGGUUGGCAGGACAUAAUCGUUGGAGCGCCCCAGUUCUACAUGAAGGACAAAGACGUUGGAGGCGCCGCUUAUGUUUACAUCAACCAGGCGGGACGAUGGCGAGGCGUCGCUCCUGUCCGUCUUAACGGGACCAGAGACUCCAUGUUUGGUCUGGCGGUGGAGAACAUCGGUGACGUCAACCAAGAUGCUUAUCAAGACAUCGCCAUCGGGGCACCGUAUGAUGAUGGCGGUACGGGAAAGGUCUACAUUUAUCACGGAUCAGUGCAGGGGAUAAACACACGCCCGGCUCAGAUUAUUUCCGGCAAAGAUUACAACAUCCGACUGUUUGGCUAUUCUCUGGCAGGCAACAUGGACCUGGACAGCAACUCUUAUCCAGACCUCGCUGUGGGCUCUCUCUCAGACUCGGCACUCAUUUACAGAGCAAGACCAGUCAUUAGUAUCCACCGAGAUGUCAAAAUCUCCCCACGGGAAAUUGACCUAACAAUAAAGAACUGUGGAAGCAACAUCUGCUUCACUGUGGAUGCUUGCUUCAGCUACAAAGCAAAUCCGGCAUCGUACAGCCCGAGAAUAAUUAUCGGCUACUCUGUGGAGGUGGACGGAAUUCGCAGGAAACAAGGCUUGCUCUCAAGAGUCGCGUUCUUUAAUAAAUCCAACUCGGAAACGGAACACUACUUUAACAGCACCUUGGACCUCCGAGGACAAAAGCAGGAAACCUGCAUUAAGAUAAAAGCCAAGUUAAAGGAGAACAUUAAAGAUAAGAUGCGAAGCAUUCCCGUCGAGGUGUCGGCACAAAUAGUUGGCACGAAGCGACAAAAGGCAAAGAGCGGCCUCCCGCAACUGAUGCCAAUUUCGGACUCUACUCAGUCAAACAACGAAACCAUCCAGGUCAAUUUUGUCAAGGAAGGAUGCGGAAGUGAUCACGUUUGUCGCAGUAACCUGAUGAUGGACUACAAAUUGCUGUACAAGCAAAGCAAUCAAGACAUUUACUCGCCUUUGCCCAUCAGGAGGGACAACGUGUCCGUGUUUCAUCUGACUUACGAGAGGAAGGACUUGGCUCUGCGGCUGACCGUCAGCAACCUGCACGGGGACGACGCCUACGAAGCCAAGCUGACUGGGUCCUUCCCCGACACGCUGUCUUAUUCGGGCGUCCGCUCGCAUCGCAAAACGAUGGACAAGCAGAUCAUUUGCGUGGCCAAUCAAAAUGGCUCCCAAGCCGACUGUGAGCUUGGCAACCCGUUUAAGCAAGGCACCGAGGUUACAUUUUACAUCAUCCUGAGCACCGUGGCGAUGACUCUGGAGACGACAGAGAUCGAUAUCGACCUGCAGCUCCAAACAACGAGCGUACAAGAUUUGGCUAAUGUGAGAAUCAAAGCCAAAGUGAUGGUUGAGCUGCCGUUGUCAAUUACUGGGGAUGUCAACCCUCAUCGGGUUUCAUUCGGAGGAGUCGUGAGAGGAGAGAGCGCCAUGAAGAGCGAAGAGGAGAUCGGCAGUUUAGUCAAUUACACCUUCAGAAUCAACAACUUGUGGGACGCUUCCGUCAAAUCUUCCCUGCACAUCCAGUGGCCCAAAUCCAAUCAAAAUGGCAAAUGGCUUUUGUACCUGGUGAAAAUGAAUGCUAAAGAAGGAGAGCGUGACAUCGUUUGUACACCAGAGUCCGAGAUCAACCCUUUGAAGCACAUCCAGGAGAACUCUGCAUUCAGGACAAAGCGGGAAAUUGCACCGAAAAAAACAAAAAGCAAGACUUGGCCACUGUCAGGAAAAAAUAAGAUUUUGGCGUGUGGGAAAGAUUUGCAGUGUGUGGUGCUCAAGUGUCCCUUGCAUGGACUCGACGGGUCCACUGUGGAACUCCGAGCUCGUCUGUGGAACUCAACCUUUCUGGAGGAUUACACUUCUCUGUCAUCCUUGGAUAUUAUUGUGAAGGCUUCGCUGGUGCUCCACAACCGGGCCACAAACAUGAUUCUGAAAACUCCUGACACCCAAGUGAAGCUCAUGGUGUUCCCAGAGAGCGCAGUGGCCCAGUACGGUGGCGUCCCCUGGUGGAUUAUCGUGGUAGCUGUUCUGGCAGGAGUAUUGAUUUUGGCUUUAUUGGUCUGUCUGCUUUGGAAGUGUGGCUUCUUCAGACGCCCCAAGCAGGAGGACACCGUCCCCCAAUAUCACGCCGUGCGCAUCCGGAAGGAUUCUCCUCACUAUGAAGACGGCAAAGUCAAACUGAAUCUAUUUGAGAAGAAGCCUUGGAUGACAACGUGGGUCGAUAAUGAAAGUUACUCUUGAGCCUUCAGGCUACCAGUUAGAGACAACCUCUUGAAUUGCACAAUCCAAUGAAGAUCCAAUACAAGAGCGGUAAAAACAAUUAUGCUCAACUAUCUUUGCAAAGGCAGAAUUUUUAGUACAGCUUUUUAUAUUGCCAGUGAAAGACAAUCAUUUGUGAUGUCAGCCGAUUUUCUUCAUGUGCUCACCAUGUGCUUGAGUCUUUCUACACUGUAUAGAAGAUUUUUCUAUAUGUAUCUUUUGUAUAUAUUUUCUGCACAAUGUAUAUUUAUUUGUUUUGAUAAAUCAUGUAUGAUAGAGCCAAAGAUGUCCAGUUUUAAAUGUGAACUAGACUUAAGUGCAUUUAAAAAUGAAUUACUGAUGUGAUGUAGUGGUACUCUCAUUGAAGCCUUGCUGAAUUUAAAUAAUUAUGCACAAAUGGCACAGUUGACUGUGUUGUAUUUGAGGACUUUUGUAGAUUUUUUUUGUUUUUUUAAGAACAGCAAUCAUACCCACAGUUGACUCGCUGUGAAUAAAUGUGAUUUUAUAUUUUUAAGGUAGUAUGGUCACUGAAAAAAUAUUUUUUUGUGUGUGAAUCUAACAGGGCAUAGCUAAAAGUCCUGAAUUAGAUUAUUCAGGAAUGUUAAAUUGUGAACUGGAAUAAAUAUUCUUAAAAAUUGGAGCGACAAA